GGACCCAGUCCUCUCCUCUUCAACUGGGGGCCAGGGCUGCAGAAUGCUCAGUCCUCUCACCCCUUACAGUCUGUUGAAGAUGCACUGGUCUCCGGAGCACACAGCCCCCUUAUCUCAGUGGCCUGAGCAGCACCUAGAUGUCACCUCUACCACAUCGCCACCGUCUGCCCAUAAACACGACCCCUAUUCUACAGCUGCUCGCCGCAGCUAUGCCCCUGCAGGCUAUCCAUGGGCCAGUGAUGACAUAUCAGCCCUCACUGCUUCUUCUCUGCUCAAACGCUAUGCUGAGAAGUACUCUGGCUUGGAGCUGUCCUAUGAUCGUCCCACUAUAGGAGCUUACUCAGAGCCUGGGACUUUCUUGAAAACUGAAUCUGAGCCCUGGACUCUGGGUCAGGGCAUGGAGUGUUACCCUGGACUGGAGGCAUUAACAAGCACCAAGGUGGGACCUGGAUCAGUGGGAAUCCCAGCCACAGGAAGUGUGACAGUAGUAAGCAGUGACUUAGCCACUGAGCCAGGCUACAGUGGUGCUGGCUCCUGCAGUACCCCAUCAUCUCAGGAUUACCCCCCUGCCUACAAUACCACCUACUUGUCCACAGGAUACUGCCCUCAGCCCAGUGGAGCACUUCCCCCUGCCCCUCUGCAUUCUUUGCAGGCUGCACCAACUUUAGUGCCCAGUUACAGUGCGAGCACUCCUGUAUACAACUACCCACCAGGGUGCUACCCACAAGCCAGCCUAUCCUCUGGAUACAGCCACCCCAGUGCCUCCUACUUGCCCUCUGGGAUUAGCGCACCUACUCCUCUGGCCCCCAGGCCUACCAUGGUGGGGGGCAGUUAUAGCUACCCAUCUCACAGUCUUGGAGGAAGCUCUGAAGCUGGGGUGCCCCUGAAACGCAAGGCCUUUGAGAUGGCAGAGGAAGGACAGGAAGAGCCAGAGGCAGAGGGAUCACGCUACAGAAAGUACGGCAACGGCCAUGGAAACAGUCAUAGCAAAGGCCUCGACAACGGAAACGGCAACGGAUUUGAUAUGAGCGGCUCUGCCUCAGACCCACAGUCCUACAAACCUGGAAAGCCCCUGAUGUCACCCCCUUAUGCAGGGGCGAGGGACUACAGCCCACCAUCAGGCCUAGCAGGAGACAGUGUGUCUGGGGAGCACAACUUUUCUCAGCAACAGAGAAUUUCUAUGAAGAUACCUGCAUCACACACACGGUCUGAGGACCCAAGUGGGGGUCGUUGACAACCCUGACCGAGAAUUCUCUCUUUAUUUGAAACCAACCAGGGUUCUUGAUCCAGACAAACUUGUGGGUAAAAAUUGGAUUUGUCAGUGCAAGGUUUAUUUUACAAGUGAAAACCUGAGGGCACAAGGGAAUUAUUCUUGUGCAUUUUAAACAUUAUCAUUUUUCAUGUUUUUCCAAAGAUUGGCAGGUGUGUUAUGCCCUGUAAGGUUAAGGUAAGUCUUAGGGAUGAGGUUAAGGCAUUUUAUAUACAGAGACAGCAAUAAACUGUCUGAAUGAAUGAAUGCCAGUUUCUCUCAGGAUCCUAUUUAUUUCAUUUCUGCUACUUUGGCAGCAGCACUGCAACACUGCUGCUUUAGAAGUUGGUGUUUAAUUAUUUGUGGCCAAUAUGAGUGUUAGAGGCCUUUGACUGCAAUAUGAUCUACAACACCGCAAAAAUCAUUACUGGCCAAAAAGUAAAGAGAGCAAUAACUGGCAUGGUGAGACUGGCACUACUUCAGCACAAUCACUGCUAUGUUUCACAGCUGAGUCCAAGGCUUGGUGUAAUACCAGGCCUUGGGGAAUUACAUGUUUUUUGUUCAUCCAACACUUUCCCUCUGCCUUUACUUUCUGCUAUAUUUUGAGCUUUCUUAACCCCUGUUUGUUUAAUGUUCUUUAUUCAAUUUUAUCCUGGUGUCUUGCUUUUUGUUCUCUAAUUUGUUUAUAGCUGAAAAACUGUUUUGGUCCAGUUUACGCAUACAAAGCUGCUAAUCAAAUAAUUAUAUAGCAUCUGUUAUGCUGCCCUUUAAAGUGUUUUGAUUAAUGGAAAGAGUGGGGAAAUAAUCUAAAAUUUGGUCUUCACAGAGGUGGGCACAGUAAACUGAAAAUGUAACCCUGUUAAAAUGUAAACAAAAAUGCUAACUUGAACAAAGUUAAUCCCUAAGUUUGUUCAAAGUUGAGUGCAGUUCACAUUAAUUUUAACCAGUAUUAUAAAUAAAAUAAAAAGAUCAGCUUUUUUGCAAUAUCUAAGAGUAAAGCACAAAAGUCAGUAGCACACAUGACUUAUCCAAACUCUGAGUUUUUAUAGCAGGCAAAUACCUUACUUAAAUCUUUGGAUCAGUGAUAGGUUGGGCACAUUCAAGAGUCAAAUUAGUCAGCAAAUUUAUUAAAGCCAGGAAAUGUCAGUUUAACAAAUACUUGUCCCAUGUUGCGCACAGCAAACAAGAAUAUACAAAUAGCCUGCAAAUUGUGGGUCAUGUAAACCCAACAAACUUUCCAAACCGCACAAGAUUUAAGCAGAAAAAGAGUUUGCACAGCCCAAAAUACAGCCAGAUACAUUUAAACAUGGGAACUGCUUGGCGGCUGUGAAUAAUGAACUGAAUGUUCCAGUUACUUUGCUUCGAACCAAGUCGCUCUUAGCAAAACAAUACAGUCAUCUCCAUUUAUCAGUGCUUGCUGAUGUGAAUGGCCCAUUGAAAGUUUCGGAGCUACAGCAUCUACCAGUAAAAACAAAGUUAGAUGACUUUUAAAAAAGUUCCUCCAAAGCAACAGUGAAUGCUGCAGCACCCUGCUCAGUACCCCUACUUCCCACAGCCACACUCAUGAGGUGCUUAACUUCAUGUGGGCCAAGCAGCAUUUCACAGUAAAAGCUCCUGAAAGAUAUUUGGCUGAUUAUUCAAUAUAAGCUCUCCAAAUUACAGUGGGCCAUAUGCUCUUGUUCACUUGUCUUGUGAUCCAUAAGUAAAUCCAACAAACAACAGAGGACAGAAUGUCAGGGAAGCUACUAGUUUUGAUAAAUGUUUCACAAAGUAGCAUCCAAAUAAGAAAUUAAUCUAAAAAUUUAUCUAAUAAUAACAAUAAACAGGUUAAUGGAUGUGUGCCCAACUCUGACUAUAUGUUAAAUAAUGCCAUUAGCAUUAGUUUAAAACAUGAUGUUUGCAAAGACUUCUGCCAGUUCAGCACACAGGCAUGUUAUCUAAAGUAUCAGUGACUGUGUGGCUGGUCAAGCUUAUGCUUUGGCAGAUAACUACAAGAAAUUGUGACAAAACAAAAACAACCAAAAAGAAAGGAGAAAUGCUUUACUCUGCAUGCUGAUAAUGCCCAUUCAAAGCAAACAACUGGGUCAGCCAAAUUGUUACCUCUGUUGGAUGCACAGCCCAAACAGGGAAGCGAACAGGUUGCAGUGGAGAAUUAAAAAAGACAUGCUUGCUUGUCUGAAAGGUUUCACUUGUUUUUGUAUGCAUUCUUUUUUUUCUUUUGCCUCUAAAAUUGAGAUGAAUAGUUGUGUUUUUGAAUACUCAGGAAGAAUAUCGUUACCUCAGAAUGAUAAAAAAAGAAUGUAUGGUAUUACCUUAGGGUGUUUGUAGGGAGCUUUAUGGAGUGAGAUGAAAAUGGAGCCAUGGCUUUAAGAGCAAGACACACUCUGAACACUUCAGGGAAACAAUGAAUUUACAAGGCCUUUAAUACAAACCAUAGAUACGCACACACAUGAACAUGGACACAUGCAUACAUGCACACAUCACACACAUCCAAACUGCUUCUUAGCUCUGGGGAAUUAAACUUGAGGUUUUUGUACUAAGGCCUGAAAUGUUGAAUGUAAUUCAGAUAUUUUUUUUAAAAGGACAAUACAUGCCAUAAUGUACAUCGAUGAUGUUUUUAGAUAUAUGAAACAUAUUUUCUUUAUGUAUAGAUGUAAUUCUCUUAUAGGUUUUGGUGGAGAAAUGAAUGACAUGUUAAGUGUUAGUGUAGUUAGUGGGGAAACGGUUUUGUAGACGAACUGUCAAACAAAGCACUCCUGAUAUACAACUUUUGACAUGACAUAUCAAAAUGAACACAAACUGCAGUUUUCUUCUCUGUAAUAUGUUUGUUUGUAAAAUGUCUUAAGUGUCUAACUUCCAUCUUCCAUAUCAGUAUUUUAAACCCAUCCGACCCAGGGUCACCAGUCUUGAAUUUUACUACAACAUGACAUCAUGAAGAAGUAUGAAGUUAAAUCUACACUAGUAUGAGCACUGUCAGAAAUAUUUACAGUUACGACUCUAAACCUUCUACUGAGUUGUAGUUUUGCAGGUCCUCUAUGCUAUCCCUUGUGCCAUAUAAAUUGGCCUUUCCAAAAUUAGCCCUUUGUGGACUCUGACAUAGGAUAAUAACAGUAAUAAUGAUAAAAAUAAACUUGUUCAGAAGACAGAUCCCAUUUCAUAGUCUGAUUUAUUCUGAAAUGCUAAAUCUAAAUAAAUGCUGUAUUAGGAAAUAUUAAGCACAUUCAUUAACACAUAGAAUGCAGUUUAGUGUGGAAAAAACCCUUAUAAAAACGCUGAAGAACAAAUACAAAAAAAGAGGAGUUUAGCUUUAAUAAUGUUUUCUUACCCCCAGAUCUUAAAAGUAUUGAAGCGCUUAGCUACAACAAUUGAAUGCUCUUCAACACCACACAUGAAUGUGCUCUACAUUGAUUCAAAUGUUCUGCAAAAAACAAGGGUGUUUGCGGUUUCUUAGUCUCUCCAGUUCAUCACAUAGGUGGAUUUGCCCAGCAGAUGGAAAAUGGCAUUUUAAUGUUAUCUUUGUACUUCAGAUGCAAUGUCUUCUAUCUUGUACAUUCUCUGUAACCAUUUCUACCUCAUUUUGACAUUGUACAUGGAAAUAUUUAUUUCAUGUCAUUUCACAUGCUGGUUUAAGGAGCAAUGUUUCUAAUUCUUGAACUGUAAUAGUCUACCUCACUUAAGGUUGUUUGUCAUGGAAAUGAA